GCUGUUGUCAUAGGGCGCCGUGACCGAGAUGGGCAGCACGCGGUUAACCUUGGAGGGUUUGCGGGAUGCUAUGAAGUACAUGCUGCAGUCCGAGGGAUUCGACAGGGUGCUCGGCAAGGUGAAACUUCUUUCUGCAAAUCCAGGAAAAGUUGUGUGCGAAUUGAAAGUGGAGGAGGAACAUUCCAAUAGAUUUGGCACGUUACACGGAGGCUUGACAGCCACACUUGUGGAUGUUGUAUCAACAUUUGCAUUGCUGUACACAGAAAGAGCAUUGCCCGGGGUCAGUGUGGACAUGAACAUCACAUAUGCUUCAGCUGCUAAAGUUGGAGAAGAAGUACUGAUCACAGCUCAGGUUUUGAAGCAAGGAAGAAAUCUUGCAUUUGCCAGCGUGGAUCUAACAAAUAAGGCGACAGGAAAGUUAAUUGCGCAAGGCAGACAUACAAAGUACAUAGGACAGUAAUGCAAGGAAUUUCAACAACAACAUUGGGUUGAGAAUCCCAUCUAGAACAAUUUUCUCACUUAUGCAAUGACAAUCUCCAUACUUCUGACUGUAUAACACAAAUUGGUCUCAGUUCCAUGAUAUAUGAACAAAUUUAUGACCUUCAGAAUGGCUAGAAGCAUAAAAUUAAUGCCUGUUUGGGGAUGAAAAAUAACCCAAUAGCAUGAAAAUGCAUCUGUUUGGACUCUGAGGGCCAAGGUAACAAAGAAAAAAGCCUGUAGAACAGCGGUGUGGUUCACUAACAUGACAGUAUUAAAAAAUCUUUUUUGUUUUGGCUGUGAUGUAGCCAUGUGAGUAAGCAACCCACCCUUCAGGCUUGUGACUAGCACAUUCACACACUACAGUGUGUGCUUACUGACUGUUCUGUAGGAGGGUGGUGAAGGGUGCCUAUAAGCAGCUGGUUUCACGUUAUGGAAUGUGUGAAGCAAGCUAAUACAAAGUGUAAGUCACUGAUGCUGUAACAUGUUCAAAUCUUUUCAAUAAAGCUUUCUGAAACUAC